AUGGACAUCUCUCUCCUAUACGACACCGUUACAGUCGCCACCACCGCCCAGGGCCUAGGGUUCGCCAAGUUCCUAACCCGUCACCAUGACCUCACCUCCAACAAUCAAAUUUCCGUCACCGACAAUCAUACCGAUCAAUCCUCGCCGUCCAUUGGAGUCCCCCAGAUCUCCGCCGGUGUUUUCCCCUUCGACGCUGUUGCUCCGCCGCGUGCCCGGCCCAACUCUACCAGAACCGCAACCCGAACCCUCCUUCGCAAAAAACGUCGCGCCAGACGGAGAUCGUCGGGCGGCGACGAUUCUAACGAUGGAGGCGAGGAAGAUGGCGGGUUUUUCGGCGGAGAUGGUCCGUUUUUCAAUGGAGGGUGGGGCGGCAGUGGAGGCGGGGGCGGGGGUUGGAAUUUCGAUAGGUUUGGAGGGAAUAGUUGGGAUGAGUCUUCGUCGUCCUCGCCGUCCGAUCCGGCUUUCGAUUUCGUCUACGAGGUGAUGUGUUGGAUUGCGCUUUCGAAUUGCGUGCACUUCGCGUUCAAGAGGGUGAUUCAAAUUGUGGCGGAUGGGUUGGGGGAUACUGACCGAGAGAAGGUGCCCAUGAGAUUGACUUCGGUCUGCUGA